AAAGAAGCUACGUCAACAUCUCUCCAGGACAGUUGUCUUGAAUCCACGACCUCUUUCAUCCCAACUGUUGAGCAAUAAUUAAUUCCAUCAUGUCCACCCAACCAGCUCAGUCUUAUAAUCAGGAUGCCUACAAGGCUCUGCUCAAAGGCAUCCAGGAGUUGGACCUUCAGCACUCCAGUGUUCCUUGUAACCUGGUGCUGACAGGAGAUGCCUUUCCUUUAGUGAUAAACAGCCAUGGUCACAUCCUCAUGGCUGCCUCUGUGUAUGGCAGGGGAAGAAUUGUGGUCCUGAGCCAUGAGACCUACCUGACUCUCUGUCCUGCUCUGGUAGAAAAUUCUCUGACCUGGCUGGGAGGAAAGAAGUCUACAAACUUGUCUUUCGGGGUGCAGAAAAAAAGGAAGGCUGUUGCUGAUAACCUCAGCAGUUCCAGGUACAAAGUCAGUCUUGUUGAGGAAUUUAGUAAAGAUCUUGGAGUCGAUGUGUACAUAACAGAUGCCUAUGAAGUGGGCACAAAAGCAGGAGACCUGGUAGCCUUCAUGAAAGCAGGAGGAGGGAUUUUGAUUGGUGGACAAGCUUGGUGGUGGUCCUCUCAGAACCCCAAAGAAAAUCUUGUCCUUGAGUUUCCAGGGAAUAAAGUAACAGCAGUGGCAGGAAUCUACUUUUCUGCUCAGUAUGGAAAAGCAGAAAAGAUACCAGUUUACCAUGAGGUCCCAACAUCCUGGAGAGCUGUACGAAAUAUGAUGGAUUUUAAAGGAGACCUGGAGUUUCUGCUACAAGGGGUUUCAGAUUUUGACCUCCAGGGAGAUGGAGUUCCCUCUUUAGCUCUGGUCCAUGGUCCUCUCUCUUUUUCCAUCUGUACGACAGACAAUGGAGAGACCUUUCUGGCAGGGUCAUACUAUGGACAGGGACGUGUCAUUCUGGUCACUCAUGAGGCAUUUCUGCAGUAUGAGACACUGGCAUCAUUUUGGAAGAAUGCUUUUAAUUGGUUGGACCAAGGCAGAAGAGGAGUUGCUGGAUUUCAAUCAGGCAUUAAACCGUUGCCCUACUUAGGGUUGACAUGUAAAACUACACAGUUAAACCAGGAGCUGAGUGUGUUUGUGUGCACAGCAUACACUGACACUGAUGCAAAGAUGAUCCAAAACUUUGUGGUGGAAGGAGGAGGCCUGGUGAUUGGUGGACAUGCCUGGUACUGGGCAUCAACACACAUCGGUCAAAACCCAAUGCAAGACUUCUCAGGCAACAAGAUCCUAAACAAUAUGGGAUUGAGCUUGCUCAAAGAACAUACAAGAGCAGGUGUCUACAAAGCUCCUGAUCCAAGCCAGGUCCAAAAAUUCCACAUCCGUAAUCUUGUGAACAGCUUUGCUGGUCAUGUUCUAGAGGACAAAGAACUCCCCAGGAAAAAUGACGAUCACCAUAAAAAGCUAGAAGAUUUUGCAUCAUUGUUGAAGAUGCAGGCUCAUGACUGCUUCUCCUACAUAGAGAUUCUUUCCAUUUUGACUCACAUCUUGAAGAAAAGGGGGAUCCCACAGCCGAGUAAGCAGAACCCUGUGAAGCAUCCUAAAGAUCGCAUGCUCCUCAUGCUGGUAACACAUGUGUAUGAAGCUUCGACAAACCAGGAAGAGCUUCUACCCUACAUCAUCAAGGAUAACCCACCACUUCCUGUGGUUAAGGGUCAACUGAUCAAGAUCACUGCCCAGACAGGAGAAAACGAGGAGUGGAUCAGUACAGGCCUGUACCUCCCUCCUGGUAUGAAGACAGAGGUUACAUUGUCGACCAAGCUUGUCCGGAGGGGAUGGGUGAUCCAGAUUGGAUGCCAAAGCGAUGUACUGAAGCAGGAGGAGUUAUGGAGAGCGCCAUGUGUCAUCAAGAGGUUCCCUGUUACAGCUGAAAGGAUGCAGGUGUGGAACCUGUGGGGAGGACUCAUCUACCUGCUGGCUCCACGUGAUGUAAAGGUGGAUAAGGAGGAAAUCAUGGUUCAGCAGGCUGUUUCUGCUCCCUAUUACAAGUCUGGGGUAACAACAGCAGCUGAUUGGUCCUCUCUGCGCCAAGCUCCGGCACCCUGGGCAGAGAUGGAGUUUGAAAACAUCAUCCUCACUGUGCCGUCGCACAUCAUUCGUCACGUGGAGAAUCCGAUGAAGGUGGAAAAACUCUGGAAUGGCAUCAUGAAGGGUGUUGCAGACCUGGCUGUCAUUCCACAGAAAUUCAUACGCAAGGAACGCAUUGUGGCUGAUGUGCAGAUUUCAGCUGGGUGGAUGCAUUCAGGCUAUCCCAUGAUGAUGCACUCUUCAAUAGGAGGUGAGCUGUUUAACCCAGAGGAUGCAAGAACCAAAGGUCUGUGGGGAGAAGUUCAUGAACUGGGACACAAUCAACAGAGAACCUGCUGGGAGUUUAGUCCCCACACUACAGAAGCCACAUGUAACCUUUGGUCAGUUUACGUGCACGAGGAGGUGUUGGGACUCAACAGAGCAAAGGCUCAUCCCGAGAUGACCUCACAGAGUCGGAAGAAACGUGUGGAGAAGUACGUUAAAGAGGGCAGGAAGCUCAGCAACUGGGAGGUUUGGACUGCUCUGGAGACAUACCUGCAGCUCCAGGAAAGGUUUGGCUGGGCUGUCUUUAAGAAAGUGUUUGCUCGCUAUCAUGACAUGAGGAACUUUCCUGAAGACAACGAAGAAAAGAUGAACCUCUACGCCGAGACUUUCUCCAAAGCCACAGAGAUGAACCUGACUGGAUUCUUCAAAGCCUGGGGAUGGCCCAUCAAACCAGCCACUGAAGAGAAACUGUCCAGACUGCCUCCCUGGAUCGAUCACCCCAUGGCCCAAUAUUCCUAGAAAUCCAACUAGAUAGCACUCAGAGCUUAGUGACAUGGAUUAGUUGAUGAUAGAUCUAGGUUGUCUUGUUUUCCUAUUUUAAUGGUAGAAAUGUUUAAUGAUAAACAAGCUUGCGUAUCAUAUUGGAUAAACAAAUCUAUGUGAUUAUAUUUUUAAAGAUGGUGUAGGAGCCGUUUGUCCUUAAUUUAUUGCCACCAGGGGACGUACUUCAUUUUGAAUUUCCAAUUGUUUGAUGGGGGAUGGGAUUAUUUAAGGUCAACCAUGAUUCUGGUCAGCUGUUGUUAAUGAGAGGAGGCAAUUUUCUACUGUGUUCGGUUUCGAUCAUUGUCAAAUUUAUAUAUUGAUGUAAAGGGCAAGUAAUACAACUAUAGCCAUUGUUCUUCUAUGAAAUGAUUUUAUUUUAGGUCAAACUAAAGAUUGGCAUUAUAAUCUUUAUUGAGCACAGUAAAAACAAAGCCUUUUAGGAAUAAUAACCAGUAGCCUAGAAUAUAGGAUUUUAGCUGCUACAGAUGCAAAACCAAUGAUAUGAAAUGUUUGUUUGAAAAGAAAGAAAAAUAUAGAAGAAUUAGUUUCCAGUAAUUAGAAGAGAGGCUAAUUCAAACCUAUGCUUGUAAUCAAGGUGCUUAAAUAACGAUUAAAUAAGUACACAGAUUAAUUAAAGAUUAGUAAGAUAAGAUAAGAAAGGAACAAAGGUGGCAU